CGAAAUUCUACGGAACGUUAUCUGUAAUGUAAAAGAUUAUUGUAUGAAUAUUUUAGAAAUGGAGGAUCAGAUUUCUUUAUCUGUCGGACUCGAUAAUGCCGUCACGCAGUUUGAAACCUACGAGGAUUUUCUCGAUUCUCAGAUAACAGCAACUGACUUAUUUUAUUUGGAGGAUGAAGAAUUGGCUCGUCAGCUUGUCGAACUUGGUUACCGGGGAUCUGGUGAAACUGUUAAACGUGAAGACUUUAACAAUCGUAAGAAAGCACUAGCGGAAGCAAUGCUAGCUAAGGAACAACAGAAAGAUGCGCUAGCAUCUUCGGGUUUACAGAUAUCCUGCCCAUUCAACCAGGCUUUGGCUUUGAGAGAGGGGCCCAACAGGACGGGUAAAAUGUCUACAAUUAUUUUUAUUCGAGAUAAAAAUUCACGUGGUCAAGAGAUCUCGGGUUACAUAGAUUAUGCUCAUCGGUUGAAAACUGAAGAAUUUGUAUUAUACUUUACGGACAAAAAGAAAUUACUCCCAAGACCUGGAGACUUAAGUUUCUAUAACUGGGAGACUCAGAAUGUUGUCGCCACUUCAUCAGCAAACUACACUGUAAUAUCAGAAAAUGCAACCGGAUUGUUGUUUAGAAAUAAACGUGAUAGAAAAAUAUUGAAUGUUGACCCAAAUGCUGCUUCACCUGGUGAUAAUUCCAAAAGAACAGUAAUUGAAACGGAUAAAUACCUUCAAGUUGUUAUUUACGAUCAUAUAACAAGAAGAAAAACAUGA